AUGUCACAUUCUAGCAGAAACUUUAAUAAAUUAUCAAAAUUUGAAAAUGCAAAAGCAUUACGUGUUCUUCCCAACCUUAAAGUCCAAAUUAAAGAUGUAUUCAAAAAUAUUUGGCAUCAAAGUUAUAAUGGAUUAUUUGAUGAAGCAUUUAAUUUGGAUGAACUCCCAAAUUACAAUUCAAUUACUGAGGAAGAGUUGAAACACUUUGUUGAAGUUAUCAAAAAUACGUUUAAAAAUAAGAUCAAUGUUAAUGAAGCAACUGGUACAGGCCCUGUGGACUAUUUAGUGAAACAUGAUGAUUUUGUAAUGCUGAUUAAUGAGGCAGAAUUGGAAGAUUUCACUAAGGGAAUAGCUCAAAACAUUAUGCAAUUGCAUAGUGCAUCAGAGGAACUUCAUCCUGAACCCUUAUUUGGUUCUGAUGAUUCAGUAAAACCAAGAUCAUCUACAAGAACAACUUUAUCAAUUGUGGGAAAGAAGUUAAAUUAA